AUGCAGCAGCAAGCUUCCCUUGUCAACUCCGUCAGUAAACCACUCCACAAGAUAUACCCCCAGAAGGAGGAAGUUCGCGAAGUCGCAAUUGAUGAGUCCGACCCGACGAAAAUCAUCCGAGUUGGCGUCUAUCUGUCCGACGACAUAUGUUCAAGGAUUAUCUCUUUCAUCAAAGAAAACACCUCGACGUUCGCCUGGAAGACUUCCGACAUAAAGGGGAUCAACCCCGCAGUUACCUCCCAUGAACUGCACGUCGACCCGACGUUCAAACCCAUCCGACAGAAGCGACGAAAACUCGGUCCAGAACGAUCUAAAGCCGUAAACGAAGAAGUUGACAGGCUCCUCGACGCGGGUUUCAUUACCGAAGUCCGAUACCCUGAAUGGUUGGCUAACCCGGUUGUCGUCAAAAAGAAAAACGUACUAUCGAAGCCAGAAGCCGGCGACACAUUGUCUCUCUACAUAGCCGUCACAUCCUCCGCCGUCAGCAGCGUGCUCAUUCGAGAAGAUCGGGUAGAACAGAAACCAAUCUUUUACACCAGUAAAAGAAUGACCGAGCCGGAGAUGAGAUACCCAACACUCGAAAACAUGGCCUUAGCUGUCGUCACCUCGGCCAGGAAACUGCGACCCUACUUUCAGUCGCACACGAUUGAAGUACUGUCCAACCAACCACUCCGAACGGUUAUGCAGAAUACUAACCAGUCAGGACGGUUGACUAAAUGGGCGAUGGAGCUGAGCGAACAUGACAUCGUGUACAAGAAUCGCACAGCAGCAAAGUCACAGGUCCUUGCCGACUUCUUGAUCGAGAUAACACCAGAGCUGGAGCAAGACCUCAUCCUACCAAGUGUAAACUGGAUCCUACACGUCGCCGGUUCAUCCACGAGUAAAGGGUCAGGAGCAGGAGUGCAACUGCAAUCACCAACAGGAGAACUCAUCCGGCAGUCAUUCAGUUUUGGUUUUGCGGCGUCAAACAACGAAGCUGAGUACGAAUCCCUCAUCGCAGGGCUCCGUCUCGCCAAGGCAGUGAAAGCCAAAAGAGUCAGCGCUUACUGCGACUCUCAACUUGUCGUAAGCCAGUACCUCGGCGAUUACGACGUCCGCAACGAAAGGAUGGACGCCUACCUCAAACUCGUUCCUCGCGGAGAAAAUUUCUGUGCCGACGCCCUCGCUGCUCUAGGAAGCAAGCUACACGAUCAAGUCAAGAGGACAAUCCCAAUCCAUAAAAUCGAGAAACCGAGCAUCGACACGAAGGCAGAGCAGACUGCGAUUGCAGCAGCGAUUAGCGAAGCGAUGGACAUCGACGAAGUAGAACCUCCUUCGCAAGAUGAUCAGCCAACAGAUUGGCGCAAGAAACUCAUCGAUUACCUCGCUGAAGGUUUAUUUCCCACCGAGAAAUGGAACGCGCGGCGACUGAAGCGAAGUAGCGCACACUACGUUGUCAUGGACGGGGAACUACACCGAUGGACCGCGACGAAGGUGCUACUCAAAUGUAUCUCCGGCGAAGAAACGAGACUAGUGGCCGAAACACAUGAAGGAGCAGCAGGCAAUCACUCGGGCGGACGAGCUCUCGCAGUAAAAGUAAAGAAUCUCGGAUUUUACUGGCCAACCAUGAACGCCGACUGCGAGACAUACGUGCGCAAGUGCGACAAAUGCCAGCGUCACGCUUCCACCAUACACAGCCCAACGGAGUUCCUUCAUAUCCUAACUGCUCCAUACCCAUUCAUGCGAUGGGGAAUGGACAUCAUCGGUCCGAUGCCGGCAUCUCGCCAAAAGAAGUUCAUCCUGGUCCUCACAGAUUACUUCACCAAGUGGGUUGAAGCCAAAGCCUAUGCCAGCAUCACCGACAAUGAGGUGCAAAACUUCGUCUGGAAGAACAUAAUCUGCCGACACGGGCUCCCAUACGAGAUCAUCACAGACAACGGUUCGCAAUUCAUUUCGCAUCAUUUCAACGGAUUCUGCGACAGAUGGCGAAUUCGACUCAACAUGUCGACCCCGAGAAACCCGCAAAGUAACGGCCAAGCCGAGUCGACGAACAAGACCAUCAUCGACGGUCUGAAGAAACGACUCUACUUAAAGAAAGGUUGCUGGGCAGAUGAACUAGACGGUGUCCUGUGGUCCCACAGAACAACUCCUCGCGGAGCGAUGAAGGCUACACCCUUCUCGAUGGCCUACGGCGUCGAGGCAAUGGCUCCCGCAGAAGUAAAUGUGACGAGUUUGCGCCGAUCGCGAAUGCCACAAAACGUCGAACUCAACCGCGACAUGCUGCUCGACGCACUCGACGGCAUCGAGGAAAAGCGCGACCAAGCACUACUCCGUAUCCAGAAUUACCAGCAUCAAAUCGAGAGCUACUACAACAAAAAGGUCAAAUCGUGUCCCCUCGAAAUGGGCAAUCUUGUCUUAAGAAAGGUCUUCGAAAAUACUAAGGAGUGGAAAGCCGACAAGCUAGGAGCCAACUGGGAAGGACCAUACAAGAUAGUCGAAGUCAUCAAACCAGGAGUAUACCGCCUCGAGACUUCAACAGGCGAAGCAGUACUGAGAGCUUGGAACUCCAAACAUCUCCGCCUCUUCCAUCCUUAG